AAAAAGAACCCACGUGCUUUCCGUACACCUAAAUAUGGCGUACUGACAUGGGAGCGUAGCUAGCUGGGAUAGGCUAGAAACAGGCAUGUUUUAAAUUUUCCUUUUUAUAUUUCAAAUUAGUUUGAGUUUUGUAUUAGAUUAAAUGCUUAUCUUUUCAACUCGUUUCUUAAAAUGUUACUGUUAAGUGCAUUGAAGCGCCAUACUGUGGCGUAAUCUCAAAUAUGUCCCUACUUCCUACUCUAUAGGCGCCAUGAUAAUGGAUCAAGGCACCCUAUGUAGUUCACUACAGAACGCACACGAAGCCGUUUAAGAUACAGCCCUAGCCGGAGCGUGUUCCAAUUGUAACCGAAGUUUAACGCUGUCGUGUCCAGUACCUGCAUGUUUAUUCAGCUAGCAACCAGGAUUGAGUUUAGAUUUAGUUAGCUAGCACGCGCCAUGUUUAGUUCGGUCUUCUGUGGGGUUUUGUGUGGUGCUUUUCUGGUUCUAAUACUUUUCCUGUUGCGAGUAAUCGUCUUGCGGACUGGUGCGAAGUGUAAACCUGCUGAAAAGGGCUCUGUGUGUGUCCUUGUUGUAGCCGGAUCAGGUGGACACACGACAGAGAUCAUUCGUCUUAUGGGGAGUUUGUCCCAGUCUUACACUCCACGCCAUUAUGUGAUCGCAGAUACCGACAAGAUGAGUGAAGAGAAGAUUCGCACGUUUGAAGCAUCAAAAGAAAAAGCAGCACACGCACAGUUCACCAUUCAUCGGAUCCCACGCAGUCGAGAAGUUCGUCAGUCGUGGGGCUCCUCUGUGCUCAGUAGUAUCUACGCUCUGCUCUACUCUCUUCCUCUGGUCUUCAGACUCAGACCUGAUAUGGUGCUGUGUAACGGGCCUGGGACGUGCAUACCUCUAUGUGCAGCUGGAUGGCUUUUAGGGAUCCUGGGGCUCAAGAGGGUCCUGCUGGUUUAUGUGGAGAGUAUUUGCCGAGUGGAGAGCCUUUCCCUGUCUGGAAAGAUCCUUUACCAUUUCGCUGACUACUACUUUGUGCAGUGGAAGCCUCUGCAAGACAAAUAUCCCAAAUCAAUCUACAUUGGAAGGAUCGUAUGAAUGAACAAUGGACAGAAGAGUAUAAUUUUGUAUGCUUCAGUGACCUGUAUUAGUACUUUUGAUUGUCUGUUUAAUGACAGUCACUGUUACUGGAAUUCACUGGUUUAUGUUACAGUGAGCUGUAAGGAAUGACAUGAUAUGAUUUAUGAGGUGGCUGUAUUCAUGCCCUUUUGUUUGCUUUAGAAGCAGCUGAAAAUCUUGUUGCAAUAAAACCCUAAUUUUUUCCCCCUCAAA